CAACAAAAACAUCCAUACAUCUUGCAGCGCCGUCGUCAGCUGAUUCAACCGGGCUUGCCAGAAUGACGCCCUCACCCUCGCGUGUCGCCAGCAUUAUGCUCGCCUGGCACUCGCUCGAGCUCGUCUCGUGUUCCACCCUCCAAACGCUGUGGGCAGGGUACGGCCACAUCUGCGCCGUCUCCGCCCGCGCCACCACCCCCGAGGCCGCCGCCCAUCUCGCCCAGCUCUGCGGGGUGAAGUCGAAAAGCACAGGGGCCACCUUCCCGCUCAUCCUAAAGCUCAUCUCCCCACCCAGCAAGAAAGCCGGCACCGAGGAUGAGGGCCACCUGCGCAAGAUGCUGAGCUACGAGGUCGAGCAGUGCUUCUACAGCGAGGUGGUGCCGCGGCUGGGCGACGAGAUCGGCGUGGCCCAGUGUCUGGCCUCGACCCGCGACAUGGCCGGUAAGCCUGGCGAGAACGAGCUCCGGCGGCUCAUGGCCACUGUCAUGGUGGAUCUGCGGCCCGCGUAUCCGGUGGCUGGGGGCAAGAGGAGUUCUCUGAGCACUAGGCAGGUGCGUGCGGCGCUGGACUGGCUGGCUGGGUUCCACGGUCGCUCGUGGGCGUUGUUGCCGGGUAGCAGGGAUGAAUUGGUGCUGCCGCCGCUUGAGGAAGCGAAGAGGCGGCGGCAGUGCAGGAGUGAAGAAGGUGGUAGCGGGUUGUGGCUGAAUGGUGGCUAUACGUACCUUGCUACCCGGCGGAAAGAGUAUGCUUCUCUUGUCGAUGAUACCGACUCGGAGUGGUCCGAGGCGCUGUGCAGCGCACCGGAAGGAUUUUCCAUGUCUGUGGCUGAGAUGGUGGCGUUGGUGUUGACGCCCUCUGGGAGGCCGAUGGAGUCCUAUAUCCAUGGGGACGUGAAGUCGGAGAACCUGUUCACGUCGGACAGUGGGGAGCGCGUCGCGUUCUUUGACUUCCAGUACGUCGGGCUGGGCCUCGGGGUGUGCGAUCUCGCCAAGUUGUUCACAUGCUCGGUCCCGCUCGACAUGCUGGUCGAGGACGAGGAUUAUCUGCCCGAGCAGUUGCCGAUGCAGGAUGGGGAGAGAAGCCUGCUGGAGGGGUAUCGCGCGCGGCUCCUCCAGGGUCAGCAGGCGGACGUGUAUCCGUGGGAGACAUUUCGACGACACUGGGAGACGGCACUUGUGGACUGGUGUAGAUUUCAGGCCUCUUGGGGGUUCUGGGGAAAUACAGAGUGGCUGGAGGCUCGGGUAAGAUCGAUCCUUUGCGAUCAGGGUUGGAGGGACUGGCUAUAUCAGGAAGUUAGUUCUCGGGGUGAUUGAUGGAGAUGGGACUGGACCAGGACUCAGUGCCGUGCUUUCUAUUGUGAAUUAUAGAUUUCCGAGCCAGACUAGAACUUCCACCCAGACCAGCAUUCUGUGGGCAUUCAACCAGCCUUGGUCAAUAGAGAUGGGUUGGCUAGACUCCCGACACAUAUGCGAAUCACAUAGCAAACAUGCUUAAUCGGAAAGAUUAAUCUUGUCGAACAUCGAG